CUGUGCGCGUUCACGCUGCACUCUGCGCGUCCCAGUCAUGUGACAGCAGCUCACCGCGCCUGCGCAGAGAAAUACAAGAUGGCGGAGAGUGCGGAACUGAAGCAAAUGGUGAUGAGCCUGCGGGUGUCAGAGCUACAGGUGCUGCUAGGCUAUGCUGGGCGCAACAAGCACGGACGCAAACAUGAGCUGCUGACCAAGGCGCUGUAUCUGCUGAAGGCCGGCUGCAGCCCCGCUGUGCACAUGAAGAUCAAAGAGCUCUACAGACGACGCUUUCCUGCCAAAAUGGUGUCCCACUCAGAGCUGGCCCUGCCUGGACCGCACCACCCAGCCACAGCUGGAAUGGUUGGAGGAGGGGGCGCCGUGCUGCCCGCUGGCCUGACACAGCUGGCUUAUGAGGGUCAUGCCGGUCACGGUGGAGCCCCCUCGCCCGCUGCCCUACUGCCCCUCUCACUGCUCGGCCCUGGGAAACAUGAGCUGACUGGGCUGACGCAUCAUCUACCCACCUCAGCCACACUGCACCCGGUCCAUCCAGAUGUCAAGCUCCAGAGGCUCCCCUUCUAUGACAUGCUGGACGAGCUCAUCAAGCCCACAAGUCUAGGUGAGGAAAGAUCCUCAGACAACAGCCAGCGGUUUCAGGAGACAUGUUUCGCCUUCGCAUUAACACCACAGCAAGUCCAGCAGAUCAGCAGCUCAAUGGACAUCUCGGGGACCAAAUGUGAUUUCUCAGUUCAAGUUCAGUUGCGGUUUUGCCUGUCGGAGACGAGCUGUCCUCAGGAAGACCAUUUUCCACCCAAUCUCUGUGUGAAAGUCAACGGGAAGCCGUGUAACCUGCCGGGUUAUCUUCCUCCUACCAAAAACGGUGUAGAGCCCAAGCGGCCCAGCCGGCCCAUCAACAUUACCUCAUUGGUCAGAUUGUCCACCACUGUCCCCAAUACCAUCGUGGUGUCGUGGACCGCUGAAAUCGGAAGGAGUUACUCCAUGGCAGUGUACUUGGUGAAGCAGCAGUCGUCAACAGCGUUGUUGCAGAGACUACGGGCGAAGGGCAUCAGAAACCCAGACCACUCCAGGGCGCUCAUCAAAGAGAAGCUAACAGCAGACCCAGACAGUGAAAUAGCCACGACCAGCCUUCGAGUGUCACUGCUCUGCCCGCUGGGGAAGAUGCGGCUGAUGAUCCCAUGCCGGGCGCUGACAUGCUCCCACCUGCAGUGCUUUGACGCCACACUCUACAUCCAGAUGAACGAGAAGAAACCCACCUGGGUUUGUCCCGUGUGUGACAAGAAGGCUCCCUAUGAACACCUCAUCAUUGACGGGCUUUUCGUCGAGAUCCUCAACAGCUGCUUGGACUGUGAUGAGAUCCAGUUUAAAGAGGAUGGCAGCUGGGCCCCCAUGAGGUCUAAGAAGGAAGUGCAGGAGGUGUCGUCUGCUUCUUACAACAACGGGGUGGAUGGUUCAUGCCGAACGUCCUCGGGAUCAGAUCAGCGGAGCUCCUCGUCGUCCAGCCACGGCGGCGACAGCGGCAGCAACAGUAAAAAAGUGGAAGUGAUCGACUUGACACUGGACAGCUCCUCAGAUGAGGAGGAGCAGGAUUCACCGCCGCCGCCACCUCCGCCCCCUCCAGCCAAAAGAGCGUGUCCCUCUAUGUCUCCGACGUCGCCGCCCAUCAACAACAAAGGCGUGUUGAACCUGCACCACCAGGCCUCUCCUGUGAGCUGCACCCCGAGCAUGCCAGCGAUGGACACUAGCUACAUCCCUCCUGUACCCCCACUCAUCCAAGAUUACAGACCCUACUACCACCCCCCCAACGACCUCUCAGAGUUGAACUUCUUCUCUUUUCUUCAAGGCGACAAUCAUCAGCAUUACAACAUGGUGAUGGCAGCAGCGGCCGCCGCUUCAGCCUCAGACGACCACGAGCUGCUUCUCAACCGCUUCCUGCCCUACAGCACCACCUCCUCCUCCGCCUCCCAGCUGUUCCUCGACCAAUCAGGAGCCUCGUCGGCCACUUCGCUGACCGUGCCGACCAACGGUGCGAGCAGCUCGGGCAGCAGCAGCAGCCUGGUGUCGUCCAGCAGCCUCCGCGACACUCACUCCACACACUCGUCUUCACACUCGGGCUCGCACUCCGCACACACACACCCCGGAGUGGUGGCCAGUCGUAGCAGCGCUGAAGCAGCAGUGGCAGCUAUUUACGGUGGAAUACCCGACGUCAUAUCAUUGGACUGACUGUAAAAGAGCCGAGGACACACUUUGGGUCAAGCUACGAUCCAGUAACAAAACCAAUCACAAACAGUUUGACUGCAGGGUGACGUUUUGAUCCAGAAACUAGACUGGCCCCCCUGAGUCAUUAAACUCCAAGUGUGAUGUCGUGAUGACAAGGCUGCCUCAAGAAGAGCACUAAUGUAAUGAGUGGGUGAUCUGAGGGUUCCCUUCACGACGCUGACCUGAGGACCGGACUGAGUCAUCAGUGACACUGUGUUGGUGAACUGACCUCAGAGCAGAAACCGUCACACUGUUCUCGUGGUACCAACCUGGCACAGACAGCAAAGAUGCUACCUGAGCAAAAACACAAAGGAGGACGGCUCUUUUUUACGAAAGCGAGGAGCAGCACCGUGUACAGAGAACAAAAUAUAUUUUCCUCUUUUACUUUUGUAUGUUAAAUCUGAACAUUUACAGUCGAGUGGGCUGCUUCUGUCGCCAUUUUAAAGAUGAGGACUUUUACACAAAGCUUAUACAUAUGCCUGUUGCCAUGUGAUUUUAUUUUCCUCCUCUUUUGUCUCUAUUCUCUUUGAAUUUCUCCAUAAUUAACUUCAAGUCUCCUCCUCUCCUGCUCAAGCUCAUUUUUAAACUGUUGUUUCUCUAUCGAAGACAAGAACUUUUCAGAGGCUGAAUUUAAAGUCUAUUCAUAUGCUAAUAAUUGUAUUAUGCUUUUAAGUUAUGUAUGAUAUUUAAACAGGUUAUGCAUACAUAUAUAUGUGUGUGUGAGUGUGUGUGCGCGAGUGUGCGUGAGUGCGUGUGUGUGUGCGUGCGUGCGUGCAUUCCCUUUGACCUUCAGGUUAAUGCUGUUGGGAGUGUGUAGGUGGAAAUUAGCCAUUUCUGGUUUUUCACUUCUUGAUUUCCAGUUCCAGAAAGAGACUCAGCAAACUUUUAGACUAUUUAUAUUUACCAGUUACAUUUUGAGCUGGAAGUUUCUUUUGCUUUUUCCUUUUUUUGCCAAAAUGCCAAAAAAAUAAUAUACGGUACCUAUGAAAAGUGAUCACAAUAAUAAGAGUGCAGUUGCAUCUGUCUGUUGCCGCAGUGUUUUCAGUCAAUUGUCCAGCUGGUGGUUGUUCAGACACUUUUAACUUUGUCCUCUUUGUCUCUCGUCUCCUAGUUUUGUAUUUUUCUGCCGGACUGUUAGGAAGUAAUUCAGACAGACGUCAGUAUGUUGUAGCAGCGCCGGGCCUUUUAAAGAGACAGGCUUUCCCUGACAUGUGCCACAGCUUCACUGGAGCGAGUGACCAAGUUUAAACCAGUGCCUGUUUGUGCGCACGCGUCUCCACGACACGUUUGAAGUAGAGUUUUCAGAGGAAUGUCUUCUAUGGUCACCCACCACAGCCGAGGCCCAGCUCUGUCUGGACAAAAAACUUGAGCUGCGAUUGAUUUCUGUCUCUGGAGUUUUCUUCGGGGACAAAGCAAAGAACAGGUGUAAGCAGGACGUUGGGGCCACAGUGAAAGCGGCUGAUCUUAGCAUGUCAGCGUAGACUGUGCACAGAGCCCGUUAAGUUUAAAAAUACAUGACCUGUCUGGAACCUAAAACACCCCAGGAGAUAAGUCAGUGUACAAUGUGGAAGUGUCAAAGCGAGGCAGAGUUUUUUUCAGGAUUCCUCCGUGUUGUUGCCAUUCAGCUGAAAAUGUCGGGUUUGCUCACGAAUGUAAUGUAAGAUUUUAAGAGUGGACUCACUUUAGUUCCUGCUUUCAUUACAGUUAUUAUAUCCGCUGUGGUCUGGUCAUAUGACUGGUGACGUGCAGUGAGACCUGGAACACCUCCAGCCUCGUCUGCCCACCUUCCCCCUCCACCUCCUUCUGCCUGUGCGUCCUUGAAACUUUCCCAGAGUCCCGUCUUAUCAGCCUCUCCUCAAUCUCCCACUUGCGGACGUCUGAGACAGGCAGCUCACGUCAAAGCCUAAUUAUCCCAACCACAAUAACAUAAUCACCUCUGACAGCACCCCCCCGUGACCUGACGUCCCCUGUCCUGUCCUAACUGAGCGCAGUCGACGACCUAGCAUUACCCCCAGCUCCCCCCUCCCUCCCUCGCUCCCUCAACCACUCUCGACAUCUCUAACUUUCUUCCCCGUCCUCUCAUGGGAACCCCAGCUUUCAAACUGACUCAAUCAUUUGCUGGAGCAAGUCUCGUGUAUUUCCUGUGUUGUGCAGUGUUUUAUUUAUUUUGUCAUCUUAUUUCUACAUAUUAUAUUUUUUACACAAAUGUUUGAUGUCCGUGGGUGAGCGUGUGAGUCGGCUGUUGCAAUGUGAUUUUAUUUAAUAAGCGUUUUGUUAUUAUUUGCCAGCGGAGCGAUUUUUCAACAAGGUCUUGUUCAGUUAUUUGUCUUGGAAAAAUCUCUGAGUAUUGACUUGGGUAACACUUUAUAAUAAGGGCACGAAACACAUGCUUAAUUAAUAAUUAAUGACUCAUAAUGAUAUAAUAGGUCAAUUAAUUCAGUUAUGAAGUUUGCUGAUAAUCAUUAAGGAAUGAUGGUCUCAGUGUGAGUUUAUGUGAUUAGGUAAAAUCUAAUGAAUCGUUCAUACAUUCAUUUAAAUUAGCCAUUCAGGCUUUUUCUUUUUUCUUUAAAUCAAACUGGUUGUCAGAUGAAAACAUGAACGUGUUGCUGAAAUUACCUCGAGGUAUCAGCUGCAUUAUCCUGUAGUUGUGAACAUGACAUGAGUCAUUCAUCUCCUCUUCUUCAUCCUGAGAUAUUUAUAUUUUAUCUCAAAAUGUUAAAGAACCUUACAUCUGGAUCAUUCCUCAAUCAGAUGUGCUCGGAAAGUUAACAGGUUCUUCCUCGACUUAGACCACACCCACUCACCAAGUUUCAAGAAAACCACCCCCGUAGUUUGUUUGUAAUCUUGCUGACAGACAAACAGCGAUGACAGCAUAACCUCCUUGUUGGAGGUAAUUAUACAGACAACAUUAAGACCAAUCACUUGCUAGCUUGUAAAUAAGACCCAGAGAAAAACGACUGGUUCAAGUGUUCGUCCCUGACUGAGCUUCAUAAGUAGAUUCCAGUGAAAUGAAAAAUGAAUGAGUUCACAUUCAUUAAGUGAUGAUCUCUCAAGUGUGAACUAAUCUCAUGAACCUGCGUGUUUGUGCCUUUAUUAUUAAUGUCACCAUGACGAUCUUUACUCACCAAGAAUUUGAUCCUUGUGUCAGUUGAAUAUUAAUCACCAGUGUUUGGAUACACAACUAAUGAUUUAAUUUAUUUAAUCUUUCUUCAGACUCCUCAUGCAGUAGAUCACUCAAUAUGGAGUGUGAGACCAUUCUGAAUGUGUUUCUGUUGACGUGCUCGACGUACUCUCUAUGUUGGAAAACCAUCAAAUCAGAUCCUCUCCCCCUGCGACUUGUUCCACUGAGCGUUCACAGCUCCCUCCUGUGGUUCCCGUUGGUUAGUUUAAGGGAGAGACAGUCGUUAUUGUGUGGGUGAGUUUUCUCUUCCUUUUCAUUCUCUAACAAAUGUGUGUAAGAAAACUUGCAGUGAUGGAAAAGCACAAGGCUGAGUGCCUCUGAACCUGCAUUUUAUACAUACAUCAUUUUUCUCAGAAGCUUGUGUCGGCUAUUUUGAAUUCUGUGGAAGGACACGGGGACAAAGGUUUUAUCAGUAGUUGAUCUUAACUGGUUCCAAGAGCUCUGCAAGCAGCUCAACUCUUCAGUUGUCAUUACGUCUCUCCAGAGAUAAAAGGGAAAGGUCAACAAUGUGUAUAUUAUUAUCUGUAUGGAAACCUGAACUCUGAAAGUUCAGAUCCAAACGUGGGUAUUUGAUGUCCGUUUGUACGCUUUUUUUGUGUGUCAGUUCAGAGCGAGAGAAUAAAUUAAUUUAUAUAUUUUUUAGAAAAAUUAAAGCUGUACGAUUAUUGAGAAAAAUAAAAAAGGACUGUGGCCAAUAAAGAGUCUCACACAAGGGAAAUAAUCUCAAGUCAGACUCAAGUCGGCAUCUGCACUCACUGCCUUAAAAACAUUCACAGGUUCUGUUUCACAGCUCCGAUCCAAGAAAUAUCUCAAACAAGGCAUUUGGAGGAGGGGAGAGAGAAGACGGUGUACAGUAGACCCCUUGUCAAUUUGUACAAAUAUACCAAGUGAAAAAAAUAUUUAUUACCUGCAUUGGAAGAAAUUGUUUACUUAUUGAAUGUUACCUGUUUAUGUAGAA